ACAACAUACACUUUAUUAAGUUCUACGAAACAACCUUGAAAUGUCGAAGAGCAAGAUUCUUGUUGUGGGUGGCACAGGCUACAUUGGCAAGAGGAUAGUCAAGGCUAGCUUGGCUCAAGGCCACCCGACUUAUGUCCUUAUGCGUCGAGAGAUCGGUUAUGAUAUUGAUAAGCUUCAAAUGUUGUUGUCGUUUAAGGAACAAGGAGCCCGUUUGGUCGAGGGUUCGUUCUCUGAACAUCAGAGUCUUGUGGAUGCUGUGAAACAAGUUGAUGUUGUGAUAUGCACCAUGUCCGGGGUGCAGUUUCGGUCACAUAAUAUUCUACUUCAACUUAAGCUUGUUGAUGCCAUCAAAGAAGCAGGAAACAUCAAGCGGUUCUUGCCUUCCGAGUUUGGUAUGGACCCUUCGCGAAUGGGACAUUCACUCGAAUAUGGAAAGGAGACGUUUGAGGACAAGAUGGUUAUACGAAAAGCCAUUGAAGACGCUAAAAUUCCAUAUACAUACAUUUCUGCUAAUUGUUUUGGGGGUUAUUUUGUUGGCAACCUUUCGCAGCCAGGCUCCCUCAUGCCACCAAGGGACCGAGUGAGUAUUUUUGGCGAUGGGAAUCAGAAAGUUGUUUUCAUGGAUGAGGAUGAUGUUGCAACAUACACUAUCAAGACUGUAGAUGAUUCUCGCACGUUGAACAAGACGUUGUAUCUUCGACCACCCAAGAACAUUGUUACGCACAACCAGUUGGUUGAAAAAUGGGAGAAACUUACGAAUCAAACAUUCGAGAAAGUGCACAUAUCUGCUCAAGACUUUCUUGCUUCCAUAAAAGGUGCGCAUAAGCCAUCUUUUUUAGGUAUGGACGAGAAAGCUAUUCAAGCGGGACUUGCACGCAUCUAUCACAUUUACUAUGAAGGUUGUUCGAUGAAUUUCGAAAUUGGUAACGAGGGAGAAGAAGCUUCUAAGCUCUAUCCGGAGGUCCAAUACACUAGUGUUGAUGAGUAUUUGCAACGAUAUCUCUAAUUCAUGCCACUAUAAAUGUACUAUCUCCUAGUGUGAGAAUUAGAGCACAAAUAAAUCAUACUUUGCAUAUCAAAAUUAGUAAUGACAGCUUAUUAUUUCGUUUAUAAA